CGGAGCGGAGCGCGCAUGCGCGGUCGCCUUUGUGUGGGUCGAGCGGCGGCUGCGGCGGCGGUGGCGGCGGUCCCACUGGCAGGCGGGCAAGAGAGGCGUCCGGGCGACGUCCGGCGUGGGAGCCGGGGGACCACCAUGGUCAAGAAACGGAAAGGCCGCGUGGUGAUCGACUCGGAUACGGAGGACAGCGGCAGCGACGAGAACCUGGAUCAGGAGCUCUUGUCCCUGGCAAAGCGGAAGCGCAGUGACUCUGAGGAGAAGGAGCCUCCUAUGAGUCAGCCUGCAGCCUCGUCAGACUCAGAGACGUCGGACAGUGAUGAUGAGUGGACAUUUGGGAGCAAUAAAAAUAAGAAGAAAGGAAAAGCCAGAAAAAUAGAGAAGAAAGGAACAAUGAAGAAACAAGCCAACAAAACUGCCUCCUCAGGCAGUUCAGACAAAGACAGUUCAGCUGAGAGUUCAGCCCCUGAGGAAGGUGAAGUGUCAGAUUCUGACAGCAACAGCUCCUCUUCUAGUUCAGAUUCAGACUCUUCAUCAGAAGACGAAGAGUUCCAUGAUGGCUAUGGAGAGGAUCUCAUGGGAGAUGAGGAAGACAGGGCCCGACUGGAACAGAUGACUGAGAAGGAGCGAGAGCAAGAACUGUUCAACCGCAUAGAGAAGAGAGAGGUGUUGAAAAGAAGGUUUGAAAUUAAGAAAAAACUAAAAACAGCCAAAAAGAAAGAAAAGAAAGAAAAGAAGAAAAAGCAAGAAGAAGAACAAGAAAAGAAAAAGCUGACCCAGAUUCAAGAAUCUCAGGUAACAUCCCACAAUAAAGAACGACGUUCCAAACGGGAUGAGAAACUAGAUAAGAAAUCUCAAGCCAUGGAGGAGCUGAAAGCAGAAAGAGAAAAACGGAAGAACAGAACAGCUGAGCUCCUUGCCAAAAAACAGCCAUUGAAAACCAGUGAGGUUUACUCUGAUGAUGAGGAGGAGGAAGAGGAUGACAAAUCCAGUGAAAAGUCAGACCGUUCAUCCCGAACUUCAUCAUCUGAUGAAGAAGAGGAGAAAGAAGAGAUUCCUCCAAAAUCACAACCAGUCUCCUUACCUGAAGAAUUGAAUCGGGUUCGAUUAUCACGGCAUAAGCUUGAACGCUGGUGUCACAUGCCCUUUUUUGCUAAAACUGUCACAGGAUGUUUUGUGCGGAUUGGCAUCGGAAACCACAAUAGCAAACCAGUUUACCGGGUGGCUGAGAUCACAGGUGUUGUGGAAACUGCCAAAGUUUACCAGCUGGGUGGCACCAGAACAAACAAAGGGCUACAGCUACGGCAUGGCAAUGACCAACGAGUGUUCCGCCUAGAGUUUGUCUCAAACCAAGAAUUCACUGAAAGUGAAUUCAUGAAGUGGAAAGAAGCGAUGUUUUCUGCUGGCAUGCAGUUACCCACUCUAGAUGAAAUCAAUAAAAAGGAAUUAUCUAUUAAAGAAGCUCUCAAUUACAAAUUCAAUGACCAGGACAUUGAAGAGAUUGUAAAAGAGAAAGAAAGGUUCAGAAAAGCUCCACCCAACUAUGCUAUGAAGAAGACUCAGCUGCUAAAAGAAAAGGCCAUGGCUGAAGACCUGGGAGAUCAGGACAAGGCCAAACAAAUUCAAGACCAGUUAAACGAGCUGGAGGAGCGGGCAGAAGCCUUGGACCGCCAGCGGACUAAGAAUAUAUCUGCUAUCAGUUACAUUAACCAGAGGAAUCGGGAGUGGAACAUUGUGGAGUCCGAGAAGGCUCUGGUGGCUGAAAGUCACAACAUGAAAAACCAACAGAUGGAUCCGUUUACCAGGCGGCAGUGCAAACCUACCAUCGUUUCUAAUUCCAGAGACCCAGCUGUUCAGGCUGCCAUUUUGGCCCAGCUAAAUGCGAAGUAUGGUUCUGGAGUAUUACCAGAUGCUCCCAAGGAAAUGAGCAAGGGUCAGGGAAAGGAUAAAGAUUUGAAUUCCAAAUCAGCCAGUGACCUUUCAGAAGACUUGUUCAAAGUACAUGAUUUUGAUGUGAAGAUUGACUUACAGGUUCCCAGCUCAGAGUCAAAAGCUUUGGCCAUCACCUCCAAGGCCCCACCAGCCAAGGAUGGUGCUCCAAGGAGAUCUCUAAACUUAGAAGACUACAAAAAACGACGGGGGCUUAUUUGAGCACACUCAGCCUGCUGCUUCCAACCCUGCAUGCCCCAGUGUCCUACCUUUCCUCUUUUCCUUUGAUUUGCCCUCUUUGGGCUGGAGCAGCAGUGGAAUUGGGAAGAGACUCUAUAAACUGCCAGUCAUCUGUAAUAUUUGCUGUAUAGACCUCCCUUGUCUGCACCAUCUCCACCAAACCCCCAGGCCCCACUCAGGGUGGAUCUGGGUUGUUAGGGGCUUUUUUCAUGUCUUUUAGAUUUGCGUUUGUGCCCCCUUCCCCCCUUUAUUUUAACCUGAAUAGUUUGGCCACUCUGCACACAUUCAGUAUUACCAUGGAGCUGGGGUUCUUGCUGGAGCCCCUGUGGCAAUCAUGGCAGCACUUCAUUGUCCUCUUCAGAACUCCCUUGGGCCCAACCAUUGAACAUUUGGCUCCUAACCCUUGCAGAGAGUGGAGAUUGGGCGUCUGCAGUCUUCUUUCCUCUCUCAUCUUUCUCUUCUUCCUGUCUCUAUGGAAGAGGGAUUUUCAAAACCAGUUUAGUUUUCCAAAAGUGUACAUUUAUGGGGAGGGAGGGAGGGGGUCUAAUUUGAGAGAGCGUGUAUGUGUGUGUGUAUGUAAGUGUGUGGAUUUUUUUUAUCAUUUUUUAAAAUGCAGUACUCUUUGUAUCAGUCUGUCAUGGGUCUAUAGCUGUUUCAGAUUUUUUUCAGCUGUACUUGAGCAUCUGAAACUGCAAGAAAGAAACUCAUUAAAUGUGAUUCUUACUAAACAGGCCUGGCUGCUGUAGCUGUGUGACUUCCCUUCCCCCUUCCCCAUCACUGCCCUACCCUAGAGAAAACUCUUCCCCCAUUUAGUCCCGUUGUCCUGCAGGCUGUGUCCUGGCAGGUAGGCAGCAAGCCCACAGCAAAUCCCAGAGAGGGCAGCCGAAGUGUCCUGCUCAUCCCUCAGACACAGCCUGCAGCUUCUUGGCUGAACAUAGUGUAUCUUGUCCCGACCCAGUGUACCUGGCUCUUCCUAGUGACUCUGUCCUAGUGACUCUGUUUUGAUGUUUGGCAAAAAUAACAUUUUGUUUUGUUUUUAAGAGAAACUAGUUAACGUGAAUGUGGAGAAGGAACACAAAAAGAUUUAGGUUGCAAGUGUUACCAGCAUGUGCAGUUGUGUGUGUGUGUGUGUGCAUAUAUAUAUGUGUGUUGAGCAUAUAUAUUGUGCAACUAGGGUGAAGCCAGCAAAGAGGUGUGUGUGUCGUUUGGAUUGUUUGAAAAGAGAUAAGCUGACUGCUUGAUAAUCAUUCUCAGGUGUAAAGCUCCCAGUGUAAAUAAAAGUGGCAUUUAACAGAUCUUUCCAGAACAAAGUACAGCUGACUAUAUAUACACCAUGGACUAAGCUAAAGAACAGCUGAGAGCUGCUGAUUUCCACAAGAGGAGAGGAACCAAGAAGCUCUGCUCUGUACUCCACUCUACUUUUGUAUAAGAAUGGGGAUGGUGGGAAAUCAUGGAAUUAAGUUGUAUUGAAACGAAAAUGAACUUACCAGCUCUUCUGAAUUGA